CGCGAGCCCGAGUUCACUGUCCGUGGUGCUGAAGCUGCGCGUGCCGGCGGCUCGAGCUCAGAAGAAGGAGGGGGGGGAACACGAUCGGAGCGGCCGCCCUUCGCACAGCACCGUUCUCUGCGCGGAGCAUCGAGCGGCUGUAGCCCGUCCAGCGCGAGGAUAAGUGCCGGUUUUAGGGACGAUAUAUCUUAGAGAGGCGAAUCCAAGCUCGGAGCAUCUCUUCUGCACAAAUAAGGAAGGAGAUUCGCUUCUAUUCGCAUUUCGCUUGAAUGCGCGCCGCGGUGUCCUGUGUGUGUGCAGCAGUCCGUUUUUCGUCGCUGAAACCGUCCAACUCUCUCGCCUCGCAUCCUUUAUGCACAGCACGCUCGUGCCGGAGCAGCAUGGCUUUGUGCUGUCGCGCGCACUGAGGGACAUGGAAGCCAAGCAGCACUCGAUCAAGAGCCUGAAGAGCUACCCGGAGACGGGGGGUCGGAGCCUGGCGGCGGCGGCGGCGGCGGCGGCGGGCGGGGACGUCGGCGGCGGCGGAGGAGGAGGAGGAGUGGGCUGCCGUGCCGGCGCCGCGGAGCUGGAGAUGGAGGCGAAGAUACAGAAAGCGGUGGAAUUUAAGCUGGAGGGCCACCGGUGCUACAAGGAGAAGAAAUUCCGGGAAGCGAUCGGGAAGUACCACCGGGCUCUGCUGCAGCUCAAGGGUGUGCACGUCGCCGAGGGCACCACGGGCUCCGAGGUGAACCUGCUGAACCAAGCGGCGGCCAAGCUCACCGAGGAGCAGCAGCGAGCCGUGGAGAGCACGGAGAUCGAGUGCUACGACAGCCUCACCGCGUGCCUCCUUCAGUCGGAGCUGGUGAACUACGAGCGAGUCAAGGAGUACUGCCUGAAGGUGCUGAGCCACCAGCAAGACCACUUCAAGGCCAUGUACCGCGCCGGCAUCGCCUAUUACCACCUGGGCGACUACGACUGCGCCCUGCGCUACCUGCAUGACGCCAAGAGCCGUGAGCCUACAGACACUAAUGUGUUGCGGUAUAUCCAGCUGACAGAGAUGAAAAUGAACAAGAGUGGCCAGCGGGAGCGAGAGAGCGGCAAAGAAGCUCUGGGCUAAUCGCCCCGCCCCACCCCUCCUUCCGCCUUGCCUCCACCCUAGUCCCCCCCCACCCCGACUGCUACCCGCCUCUCCCUCCUUCCAGUAAACACCUGUCCCCCAAAUGCCCAGGGACCGGGGCGCCGCCCAGCGGUGGGCACAAGCAGCGCAUCGACUUCCCCCGCCAUCCCCUCAAUCAUACCGACAGACAGAGACACGCACGCACACACACGUACACGCACUCCUAACCCUUUGCUUUGGAACUAUUGUUCAGGCUCAGACUGAUGAAAUGAGCAACCCAACAAAAAACAAAGGAGAGUACCGAAAGCAAACUAUUAUAACACUAAUAGCAACGGUCGCGAGAGUAAUAACGCGACGCAUUAGAACCGGAAAGGCCUGCAAAAGACGGGGGAAAUAACCGAGAGACAUGUCACGUGCGUAAAUUUCCUUUCUUUUUCAGUUGAGCAGAGAAGUGAGGCCCAGGGUUCGUAGGGGAGGCCGAGACGCCUGCGUGCGACUCCAUCAGCCGCGUUGGUUUGGGAGAGGAGGACGCGACGCCGACCGAAAGAGGCCGCGGUCCUUUUUUAGGCCAGACGAUUUAGAACGCAGCACUGUGCCGAACCGCACUAUAAUUCACGGAAAAUCCACACCUACUCAGAGAAAAUAGUGCCCGCCCCACCCCUUCCACCUCAGGCUAUACCACUAUUUGAGCGAGGGGGGGGGGGUGAAGGUCCUUUCCUCGACGUAGCCUCUUGUCUUUUUUGAUACCGAAAAGAAACCGGCCCGGUUUUGUUUUCAUUUUAUAUCUUUCCGCUUUUUUUCUUACUUGCUUGUCCAAGCGGGACUGUUUGACCUCAAGGGCUAAUUCAGUGUUCGUAGUUUCUUCGUCGAUAUCCGAUUUCACUCAGCGUUCUGGAUGACGCCGUCGUCGCGAUUCCGAUUGUUUCCGUAAUCAAGCAAGUACGCGUACCUUUUUAUGUUACUGUUAAAAAAAAA